GCAUAGCACAGCAGUGACCACCAUGCCCGACGGCUCAGGUUCCAGCUCCAGCAUCCCGCUGAGACAAGACGCCCUCGGCACGCUCAAAGCGUCCGAAGCGACGCUGUUCAUCGCGACGCCAAUCCACCCCAAAUCCGAGGCGCACGCCGACAAGGUGUUCGGGCGCGUGCUCCGCCCCGGCGUGGGCGGGUGGACGCGCGAGGCGGCGCUAGCGGAGGCGGAUGCGGUUGUUCUCCGCGCCGGCACGAUCCGCGAGCCCGACCUCCUCAUCGCGCCCAAGGUACGCAUCGUGGCGCGCAACGGCACGGGGUACGACAGCGUCGACCUGCCCGGGUGUGUCUCAAGGGGUGUUGUCGUGACCAACGUGCCGGGGGGUAAUGCCGAGGCCGUAGCGGAGAUCGCGCUCGCCCUAGCGCUGGCCGUGACGCGCCGCGUCGCCGAACUCGACGCGCGCAUCCGUUCGGGCGAGCUCGUGCGCUCAAUCACCGCGCUGUGCCCUGGCCUGCUGGGGCGCACCGUCGGGCUGGUAGGCAUGGGCGACAUAGCGUACGCCGCGGCGCGCAUGUUCUCAGCGUUCAACUGCAAGAUCAUCGUGUACUCCCCUACGUCGCCUGCUAGCCGCUGGGUGAAGCCAGACGAGCGGUAUCCCGUCCCGCUCGCGCAUGAGCGCGUCGACUCGCUCGACGCGCUGCUUGGCCGCGCGCACGUCGUGUCCCUCCAUUGUCCCCUCACGCCUGCCACGCGCGGGAUGAUCGGCCCGCGCGAGCUGGCGCUCAUGCUCCCCGACGCCGUGCUGAUCAACACGUCCCGCGGCGCCAUGGUCGACGAGGACGCCCUCGUCGCUGCCCUGCGCGAGGGACGUAUCGGCGGCGCAGGCCUCGACGUGACUGCCGUCGAACCGGCGUACGGGGAUAACCUGGCCAAGUUUGCCGGGCUGCGCAACGUCGUCGUCCUCCCGCAUGUUGGCGCCAGUACCGACGCCGCGCAGGAGUACGGGUGUAAUGCUGCUAUUGAUAUCUGUGCCGACUAUCUCGAGGGGCGCGGGGCGCGCAACAGGGUGGCGUAGAGAGCGUUAGAUAUGCAUUGUGUCGCGG